UUUUGAUAACCAUGCUCAUGUUAGUAUUCACAAAGUGUGCACAGAAUACAACUUUAUACCGCACCGUGCUUUCCUACAGAAUUUAUUGACAAAUAAUGGCAGAUUAUUUGAUAACUGGAGGAACAUCUUAUGUACCAGAUGAUGGCCUUGCUGGAGCUGAGUUAUUCGGAAAAGGGGAUGGCUACACAUAUGAUGAUUUUCUAAUUCUACCGGGCUUCAUAGACUUCGCAGCAACCGAAGUGGAUUUAACUUCGGCCCUUACGCGAAAAAUUACUUUAAAAACCCCGCUCAUCUCUUCUCCAAUGGAUACUGUAACCGAAUCUCAAAUGGCUAUUGCAAUGGCUUUGUGUGGUGGGAUUGGCAUAAUUCAUCAUAAUUGUACUCCUGAAUUUCAAGCUGAUGAAGUAAGAAAAGUUAAAAAAUUUGAACAAGGUUUCAUAUUGGAUCCAGUUGUCUUGUCUCCAAAUGAUACUGUUGGUGAAGUUUUAUUGAAAAAGAAAAGACUAGGAUUUAGUGGAAUGCCCGUAACUGAUGGUGGAAAAAUGGGAAAUAAAUUAAUUGGUUUGGUAACACAUAGAGAUGUAGAUUUCUUGGAUGACGAUAAAUACGAUACGCCCGUAAAGGACGUAAUGACCAAAUUUUGCGAUUUAGUAGUUGCACCGGCUGGCGUUACUUUAAAUGAAGCUAAUAAAAUAUUGCAAGAAUCGAAGAAAGGAAAGCUGCCAAUUGUUAAUGAAAAUCAGGAAUUGGUCGCCCUUAUAUCGCGUACUGACCUGAAAAAGAAUCGAGAGUAUCCCUUGGCUUCGAAAGAUGAGAGAAAACAGCUUUUAGUUGGAGCUGCCAUUACGACGCAUAACGCUGAUAGAAAUCGCUUAAGACUUUUAUCGGAGGCUGGUGUGGACGUUGUUGUUCUUGACUCGUCACAAGGAAAUUCCAUAUAUCAGAUAGACACCAUUAAAUUUAUUCGUGAAAAUCAUCCUAAUUUACAAGUUAUCGGUGGAAAUGUUGUAACUGCUGCUCAAGCUAAGAAUUUAAUUGAUGCCGGAGUAGAUGGCAUAAGAGUUGGUAUGGGAUCAGGCUCAAUUUGUAUUACUCAAGAAGUCAUGGCUGUUGGAAGGCCCCAAGCUACAGCCGUUUAUAAAGUAGCAGAAUAUGCCAGAAGAUUUGCUAUUCCUGUAAUAGCUGAUGGUGGUAUUGCUAAUGUUGGACAUAUUGCUAAGGCUCUAGCUCUUGGAGCGUCUACUGUGAUGAUGGGAUCAUUAUUGGCUGGUACUUCUGAAGCUCCUGGUGAAUAUUUUUUCGCCGACGGAGUUCGUUUGAAAAAGUAUAGAGGAAUGGGUUCACUUGACGCUAUGGAAAGAACUAAGACUGCUGCGUCAAGAUAUUUUAGUGAAAAUGACAAAAUUAAAGUGGCUCAAGGUGUUGCUGGAAAUGUAGUCGAUAAAGGUUCAAUUCACAAGUUUCUUCCUUAUUUGAUAUCUGGAAUUCAACACUCUUGCCAAGACAUUGGAACGAAAAGUCUAAGCAUUCUAAGAUCGACGAUGUAUUCCAGCGAAUUGAAGUUUGAAAGGAGAACAAAUGCUGCCCAAAAGGAAGGUGGUGUACAUGGCCUACAUUCGUACGAAAAACGUUUAUUCUAGGUUACUUUCUUAUGAUUUUCGCUUAUGUUCUAUAUUUGAAUAAAGAGAUUCGUUUGUCUUUUACAAAUUCGUUCCUAAUCUUUCUUGUUUGACUUAUAUGCCCUUAUAAAAGUUUUUAUCAUGAAAAUAUUAAAUUACUGUAUCGAUUUAAAUAAAGUGUCUGUUAUAUUGUAAAACGCACAAUGAUGUAAUACAGGAAUAUGGCAUUAACAGAAACAACAUUGUUCAAAUAAGGUUGAAUUACCUUUCAGAUUUUUUUAAAAAAUAAGUUUACUUUUUUGCUCGUCUACCAUUUUUUUUUCACAAGUUAAGAAUAAUAGGAAAAGAAAGCUAUACUGUGUCAGAAAAUUUGUCGUUUAUCAAUCAAAUUCUUCUCUAUUUA